AUGCAAUCUCCGCGACGGUCACUCUCCUCUGCCACUACGGAGGAGGGUAUCGAUACUAAGAACAUUCCUGGGGACGGCGUGCAAAGGAGUCGAACGGCUUCUAUCGAGAAUGGCACCGAUGUCUCCUACACCGGUACAACAACUGGGACUGGACAGGGCCUACCACUCCCGUCUGGGACCCAGAUAUCGCAAUAUUUCCUCACAGAGCUAGACCCAAGACGUGCAGAUAUUGUCUUGAUCAUCUGCGGAUUCGUUGGCGGUCUGGUCGACGGUUUAUCAUUCAACGCAUGGGGAAGUUUUUCAAGCAUGCAGACUGGAAACACCGUAUUCAUUGCACUCGGUGUAUCUGGACAGCCAGAAUACCCAGCAUAUCUUUGGGCCAAGUCCCUCAUCGCCUUGACCGUCUUUCUCCUGAGCAACAUCUUCUUCAUUCACCUAUCUCGCGCCCUCAACCCCCCUCCGUCGCUCAACUCUCAUACUACUGCUGCCAUCAUUGUCGCUGCGUCCGUGGUCCAGGCCGGCAUCGUCAGCCCGAAGCCAGAAGACCCACGCGCCCCGAUCGAGUGGAUCCAGAUCUUACCGAUCACACUGUUAGCAUUCCAAGCGGCGGGGCAAAUAUGUGCGUCCCGCCUGCUCGCCUUUGAUGAGAUCCCUACUGUUGUGCUCACCACCCUUCUCUGCGAUCUACUCGUCGACACCAAACUAUAUACUCGGCCAUGGUCCGCCAACCCCAAGAGGAACCGGAGGAUCGCUGCUUUUCUGGCCUUGUUUUCCGGUGCCAUGACUGCUGGGGGUCUUUCCAAGUCCUGCUCCAUGGCCAGUAGCUUAUGGCUGGCUGUUGCGUUGAAGGGCGCAAUUACUGUAUCGUGGUUUGUUUGGAAGGAUGUCUCAGGAUCCUUGAGACCCAAGGCAGACAGUCCUGUCUAG